GCGAGUUGUGGCUUUUCGCUACACCGUAGCAGGGCCAGGGCCUGGUGUGGAGUCGAGGUUACAACCGGGUUUCCCCUUUUGCUUCCGAUAACUCUUUCGGCUACUGCGUAUCGGCCGUUACGGUCCCCGUUCAGGAGCACACAGCCGGCCGGGUACCAUCUGUAUCAAUGGCCAGACCCAUGGAGCCUGCAAUCAAGUUAAAACCUGGUGUCACAAAGUGGGAUAUUCGGCAAAAGGUUUGGGAUUAUAUGGAGGAAAAAAAUUUGGCAAACUUCCCAAGACCUGUUCACCACAGAAUCCCUAAUUUCAAGGGGGCUGCUCAGGCUGCAGAAAAGUUGCCAAGUCUCCAAGAGUUCAAAAGCACAUGGAUUGUCAAAGUAAAUCCCGACAAGCCACAGGAAAAUGUCCGUUUGCUCGUGCUAGAAACUAGAAAAACAUUGUUGGUCCCAACACCUCGGUUGAGAACAGGACUGUUCAAUAAAAUUGUUCCACCUCCUGGGGCCUCAAAGGAAACAUUAAGAGUGUGUUCUACUGCUCAGGGAGUGAAGGAUUUCAGUGUACCUGUGAGACUUGAUGCGAAAGUUCACAUAGACCUGGUUGUGGUGGGUUCUGUGGCUGUAUCUAAGGAAGGUUGGAGAAUUGGAAAAGGAGAGGGCUUUGCUGACUUGGAGUACUCCAUGAUGGUAUCGAUGGGAAGCAUUGAUGAGGAUACAGUCGUUGUUACCACCGUACAUGACUGCCAGUUGCUUGACAUCCCAGAAGAGUUGAUGGACGACCAUGAUCUAAUUGUAGAUUACAUCCUGACACCUACUCAAGUGAUCAGAACAGAUUGCAAACGUUCCAAACCUCAAGGAAUUAUAUGGUCAAAGGUGGAUUCAGAGAUGAUGAAAAAAAUUCCUAUCCUAAAAAGCUUUCACUUCAAGGAAAAGCAAGAGGGCAAGGAUGUUACGCUGAAGGAUGAAAGAUGCGUCUAUACAAAAGAGAUGAUAAGGAAAGGUGCAACCACAACACUAAUGGAAAAACACCCAUUAGGAAUGGCUGGAAAUUGCAAUGAUUGUGAAAAACAAACAGAAUUUGACAGUAAAAGACAAUUUAAUCCUCCAGGCAGAGUUACUACAGUGUAUAUGGGUAAUAUACCUCGAGGUAUGAGAGUCAGUGAAUUGAAGAACAUUUUGAGAGACCACAAUGCAGUUCCAUUACGUCUAAACUGGCAGGGUGCACAACACCGAGCUUUUCUUGACUAUCAGGAUGAGAAAACUGCAGAAGCUGUUGUAACUUCACUCUCAGGCUUAAGUUUAAGUGGGAGUACCAUUCGAGUUGAACUUGCCAACAAGAAGCGUGACAACAGAUUGAGAAGUCAAACAAAUGUACAUGUGAACUGACAGCCUUUAACAUGAUCACAUAAUAAAAUUGUUAAUAUCAAACUUUAAAUGCCAAAAAUAUUAUUGUUCUUACUCAUAAUAAAUAACUAAAUAAAGGCAUCUUGCAAGACAAGACCAUGGAUCUGCACCUGGAAAGUCUUCACUCUCCAGGGCGCAGGCCUGGGCAAGGUUGUAUGGAAGACCAGCAGUUCCCCAUGCUGCAAGUCUCCCCUCUCCACGACACCAGUGUUGUCCAAGGGAAGGGCAUUAGGACCCAUACAGCUUGGCACCAGUGUCAUUGCAGAGCAAUGUGCCUUCCUCAAGGACACAACACGUUGCCUCGGCUGGGGCUCGAACUCACAACCUUCAGGUCACUAGUCCAGCGCCUUAACCACUUGGCCACGUGUCCAUACAUUUGUUCUUACUCAAAUGUAUAAUUAGAAUGGAAUCAGUUCUUAUAGACAUUGUCUUUGCUUUUGUUGUCCUUUUUAUAAGAUGGAAUUCAAACAGGUGAAAAACACCAAGGACACUGAGACUAUGUAAUGAGGACAGAGGGCACAUCUUUGAAAGGAUAUGGGGCCCUGUAUUGGACUUUCUUACGGGGUGAGGACUGAGGUUUUUUGGUGCGGUGCACCUCUGCUGUGUGUGUUUGCUUUUGCCUUUAUAUUUUUCUCCCUUACGCUGCUCAAUAUUUACUUUGAUUUUGUUAUGGUUGUGGUUUUUGUGGA